CGUGUGGAUCUCGUUGACACUCCCAUCACUGUUCUUCGUCUCCCUUCCUCCAAACAUGUUCCACCAAAUCUCACCUCCUUCAAUGUUCACUCCAAACUCCCCACUCCCCUCUCUUCCUCACCAACAUCCAUGCCUCUUCUGAUCAGAUCCUCCUACAUCUCUCAACUCCACCUUACAAACUCAAAACCAUCAUCUUCCCCCAAUCAAAUCCCCUCAAAAUCACUCUCCUUCUCCUCAUUCAACCACAACCCACUAAUUAAUUUAGUCUACAAAAUCAACCCAACAAUGCAAAAUCUCACCUUUCCUUCGUCAACGACCGUUAAAAGCUCCUUGAUCGAACCAGACGGUGGGGAGCUAGUGGAACUCUUCGUUCCAAAGUCAGAGAUCGAUCUGAAGAAGGCAGAAGCAGAUUCAAUGCCGAAAGUUAACUUAACGAAGAUAGAUCUUGAAUGGGUACACGUGAUCAGCGAAGGCUGGGCUAGUCCUUUAAAAGGGUUCAUGAGAGAAGACGAGUAUCUCCAGUCUCUUCAUUUCAACUCUCUAAGGCUUAAAGAUGGGACUUUUGUCAACAUGUCUCUUCCUAUUGUUCUUGCAAUCGAUGAUCAGACCAAAGAACAGAUUGGUGUGUCUAAAAACGUUGCUCUUGUUACCCCUCAAGGAGACAUCAUCGCCUCUCUCCGCAGUGUGGAGAUAUACAAACACAACAAGGAAGAGAGGAUUGCGAGGACAUGGGGAACUACUUCUCCAGGGUUACCUUAUGUGGAAGAACACAUUGCUCCGUCUGGAGAAUGGUUGAUAGGUGGAGAUUUAGAAGUUUUCGAGGCGAUUAAGUAUAAUGAUGGGCUUGAUCAUUACAGGCUGUCUCCUAAACAGCUUAGGAAAGAGUUUGAUAAUCGUAAAGCGGAUGCUGUUUUUGCGUUCCAGUUGAGGAACCCUGUGCAUAAUGGACAUGCCUUGUUGAUGAAUGAUACGAGAAAGAGGCUUUUGGAGAUGGGUUAUAAGAAUCCUGUUCUGUUGCUUCAUCCUUUGGGAGGUUUUACUAAGGCUGAUGAUGUUCCUCUUGAUGUUAGAAUGGAACAACAUAGUAAGGUUCUAGAAGAUGGAGUUCUUGACCCGGAGACUACUAUUGUCUCGAUAUUUCCAUCACCUAUGCACUAUGCUGGUCCAACGGAAGUUCAGUGGCACGCCAAGGCUAGAAUCAAUGCAGGUGCUAAUUUUUAUAUCGUAGGUCGUGAUCCUGCGGGGAUGGGACAUCCUACUGAGAAGAGAGAUCUUUAUGAUCCUGAUCAUGGGAAGAAAGUCUUGAGCAUGGCUCCUGGACUUGAGAAACUUAAUAUUCUUCCGUUUAAGGUUGCAGCUUAUGAUACAGUUGAGAAGAAGAUGGCGUUUUUCGAUCCCACUCGUGCAAAAGAGUUUCUUUUCAUUUCUGGAACAAAGAUGCGAACAUAUGCAAGAACUGGAGAGAGUCCUCCAGAUGGGUUUAUGUGUCCGAGUGGAUGGAAUGUUCUUGUCAAAUACUAUGAGAGCUUGCAAGAAAGUGAUGAAUCAUCAAAACAACAAACCGUUGUUUCAGCCUAAUGAAUCAGGUCUUUCAGGAUUGAACUGUCCGUGAUGACUGGCUUUUGUUGCACCGUUCAUUGUAAUGGUUACAUGUUUUUGUCUUGUGCAAAGUCGCAAAUGUUUUCAAAACUCUGAUACCAAAUAAUGUUCUUGCUGAGCAAGGACAAGAUGUUAACUAUGGUUCAAUAAUAUUUCUCCGUUUUGUCA